UAAUAACUUAACCUAUAAUAGUUAAUAUUAUUAGUAAAUUAAAUUAUUUUUAAUAUUUUAUUUGGCAUCAAUGAAAGUGGAAUGUCUUUUCGGCGUACUUCAUCAAAUUUGUUAAAAUUGUUUAAAAACGAAUCCUUAUUUAGCACGUACAGAUUUAGUAGUAAGACAACAGGAGAAUAUUGUUUAAAUUAUGUUAAAAAAUAUGACUACGAAAAUUUUGUUUGCACUCUGUUGCUUGAAAAUUCUGCCAGAGCAAGUGCUUUAGCAGUGAGAAGUUUCAAUAUUGAAAUUGCUCAGGUAGUAGAGAAUGUUUCACAAGAAACUAUUGGUCUUAUGAGAUUAAAGUUUUGGGAGGAAACUGUGGAAAAGUGUUUAUCUACCAACUAUAAAUUAGUACCUAAACAUCCUGUAGCACAAGAACUAUUUAGGGCAAAUAGUAUGAAGAAACUUUCCAAAAGAUAUCUACAUAAUUUAAUUAACUCAAGAAAGACCACCUUAAAUAUUUUAGGUUUUAAAUCUUUAGAAGAUAUGGAAAAGUAUACAGAACAAAGUGUAUCAAAUGUCUAUUAUUUAAUUUUGGAAUCAUGUGGUGUUAAGAACAUAGAUGCAGAUCAUGCAGCUUCCCAUCUAGGAAAAGCUCAGGGCAUUGUACAACAUAUAAGAAGUAUACCCCAUGCAGCUCGUUUAAACUUUUUGGCGAUUCCUGAUGACAUACUUAUAAAAAAUAAAGUAAGUCAAGAGCAUAUUAGGAGAGCAAAAAAUAGCAAAGAAUUACAUGAAUGUAUCUUUGAAAUCUCUAGUAGAGCACAUCAACAUCUUAUGAAAGCAAGAAGUCUGAUGGAGAAAGUUCCACAAGAAGGAAGAAAAGUGUUGUUGCCUGCUGUUCCUGUUUUUAUUUAUCUAGAACGAUUACAAAAUGUAGACUAUAAUGUAUUUCAUCCAUCACUGCAACAUAGAUCUUGGAAAUUAUUACCACAGUUAUGGUUUACAAAUUUUAGAAAGAAAUAUUGAUAAGUUUAUAGUAUUUAUGUAAUAAAAGUUGUUGUUAUUGUG